AUGGCUUUUCAUAUGGAAGGUGGUAUUAUGGUGUUCACUCCAACUUUGGAACAAUUCAGAGACUUCCCUCGGUUCAUUUCGUAUAUGGAAGAACACGGAGCUCAUCACAACGGCAUAGCUAAAAUAAUACCGCCUAAAGAAUGGAAACCAUGCCGUGAUUACAAUGGAGUGGAUGAUUUUGUUAUUCCCACACCAGUCUCUCAGUUUGUUACCGGCCAACAAGGUGUCUAUCAAGUGUUCAAUAUUCAAAAGAAGUCGUUGAUUUUCUCUAAGUUUAAGGAAAUGGCUAACAGUGACUUAUACAAACCUCCUAAAGUUAAAGACAAUGAGGAGCUUGAACGUAAAUACUGGAAGAACGUCACCUUCAAUCCACCCAUAUAUGGAGCAGACAUACCCGGUUCUCUUUACGACCAAGAUGUCAAAGAAUGGAAUAUCAACCACUUGGGUACCAUACUGGAUACAGUCACAGAAGAAUAUGGCGUCAGUAUUCCGGGGGGACUCAACUGUGCCGAGAGUACUAACUUUGCUAGUUUGAGGUGGAUUGAGUAUGGGAAAAAGGCUAAGAGAUGUAUGUGUCGUAAAGAUAUGGUCCAAAUAAAUAUGGAUGUUUUUGUGGAGAAGUUCCAACCUGAACAAUGGGAAGAGUAUUGUCGUAAGAAAGAAAGCAAAGCCACGCCCACAAAACACUCGGAGUCAUCAAGAUCUACUGGUACUAAACAUAACAAACUCUUAGAAUUCUCUUUCAAACCUCCGCCCACUAAAAAAUCGAAGCUUAAAGAAGAAGACGAUGAUCUUGAGGAGGAGGUGGAUGAAGGGAGGGGUCAGAUUGGAGACGACAUUUCAAUGGAUUGUGGCAGAGUCAACCUCAUGAUUUUAUAG